AGUUUAUCUCGCGUUACUAGGCAGCGGUAACGGCGCUGGUUUGUUAACGUUAUCUCUGAAUAUUGAGAGAAAUGUCUCGCGCAGAUAAAUGCUGAUUUGGGCACAAGCGCCAAACAUCGUGACAAGUUAGCUGGUUAUAAUAAUACUUAGUUAGCUUAGCUUAAACCACAACAGCCUUGACUUUCUACAAUUUCUGUAUUGUAAAGAAAGCUAUCCUCGCCACCAUGGCCUCCUCAAGUGACAUUCGAGAAAAGCUGCGGAAGAAACGACGUGCUUUGCGAGAGAGUUUGGUAAAAAACAAAAAUGAGGACGAUAUUCAGGCUCUGGUUCCGUCUGCCACAUUGAGUGAGGAGAGUCUGCAAACUGAAAUGAAGGAACCUCAAAGCAGCGAGGAAGACCCCGGAGAGACUCUGAAACGCACGUUAAGGGCUCAGAGACAGAGGCGGAAGAAAAGGCUGCUCGACCAGUCUUCAGCUCAGGAGUCCCCUGAUGGCGGUGUGGAGGAGAUCUCCACCGUUCAGUGCCGCAGUGAAGAUGAAGGAUCCUCUGAAAAGGCAGCUGACACUCUGGUUUCGUCGAGACCUCCGACUGGUUCUCAGAGAGGUCUCCCUUCGAAGUCUCAGCAUUUAGACAGCUCUGUGACGCGGCGCCUGGAAGAGAAACUGAGAGCAGCCAGAUCCAAAGGUGAGAGCCUUCAGGAGCAGGAGGCCUCCCUGGAGCCGCCCAGCCGCUUGCAGAGCCUCAGAGACAGAGAAACCGUCACACGCUUUGACCGAGAGGUCGAUCCAGACAGAGCUGGAAGACACCAAGACCCUCUGGCUCUCAGCACCAGGGUCCAGUUCAGAGAAGCAGCACGACGAACAGAACAAGGCCUUCCCACUGCUGAGGAGGCGUAUCAUUUCUUCACACUCAACUUUGAGCCUGAUCCACGAGACGACAACGACGACGCAGAGAAACAGAGACAGACGGCUGAGCAGGAGCGAGAGGAAGAUGAAGAAGACGAAGGUGACGAGCAGGAAGAGGCUGAGGUCGACAACCAACCUGAAAAUGAAGAGCAGAAUGAAGAAGCUCCUCUUGUGCGAGAUGAAGACGAGGAUUUAUUCGCCAUCGAACAAUCGUCACAGGACUUCCUGGAAGUGAAGAAAGCCGAGUAUGUUGGGUACCGAGAACGUGUUCAGCAAGAGAGUGAGAUCCUCUUCACGCCGAGUUUACGAUCAGUCCCCACCUCCAUUAAACUGCCCGAGAACAUGAAGCCUCGCUAUGUGGAGGACGAGGGUCUGUAUGUGGGGGAGAGGCCGUCUGUGUCUCUGACCAACGAGAACAUUCUGGAGAACCGCAUUUUAAAAAUGGAGGAGGGGAAGAAGUGGUUUGGAGAUGACGGCCGGAUCGUGGCUCUGCCCGACCCCAUCAAGGAAUCCUCCACGAGACCCCCGCUGUUCCACAUGGAGGAGGACCUGGACCCUGCUCUGCACACUGUGUACAGGAAGGCGCUGAAGUCCAAGUAUGCAAAUCUGUAUCUCGCUGGUGCAGCGGACCCCGAGGGAGACUACCAGCUGGACGUGGAUGUUUCUGGGCUCAUCUUCUCCCACCACCCACUCUUCAGUCGAGAACAUGUGCUGGGGGCCCGGCUGGCCCAGCUGUAUGAUCAGUACCUCACCAGGCAGCGCAGUAAUCUCACAGGACACCUCACUGACAAGUUGAAUGGAUUGAGGAGUGCGUUGCGGAAUAUGCUUGAAAUCCACGGCGGGGAGAGUCUGACCGAAGCCAUGCAGCGCAGGAUAUCUGAGUACAGUCUGGAGCUUCGGAGCACUCGGCUGCUGCGAGACAGCGAGCAGGAGAAAGACAGGACUCUGCUGAAGAACAUCGUCAAGGUGUGGAAGGAGCUCAAGGCCCUGAGAGACUUUCAGACGUUCACCAACACGCCCUACAAGCUCUUCCUCAGAAGAGAGAAUGUGGAGCGGGCGUCAGAUGAGCGAGAGUGCGAGGAUGAAAUCUUGGCAGAGGUUGUGGAACUGGAGGCAGAGCUGGAGGAGGAUUACCAGAUGAAGCUGGUCGAGUACAGGAAGCAGCUGGAGGAGUGGAAGCUCUGGAGGAGGAAACAGAAAGCCAAAAAGAAGAAGAGAAAGAAGAAGAAGAAGAAAGGCUCGGCGCAGGAUGACACAGAAGAAGAAGAUGAAGACCCGGAGGUCAGCGAAUCAGAAGGGCCCGUUGAGGAAGGCCCCGUGAAGCCGGACCCUCCAGAGAAGCCGGAGUUUGAGUCCAUAGAGCAGCAGGUCCGAGACAAAGCCUGCAGGAUCCGCAGGAAACCAGGAGAGUCCAUCCUGAUCCCUGAGCUGUCUGCAUCUGGAAACAUCACCGCCAGUGAACUCCCCAGGGCUGAAAUAGCUCGAAGAGAGGACGUUGCAAAGCGCUCUCUUUUCACCAAGAUCCUCUACAAUGACAAAGAAGUCUCCCGAACAGACAGCCGCUCCCUGAACUCCGACUUCAGAGUUCACUUCGGGCAGAUUUUCAAUCUCAAGAUAGUGAACUGCCCCCAAAGCAUCAAUUUGCAGGUGUUUGAGGAGGUCGGCUCAUCGUGCUCCCUCCUGGCUCAAGUGUUUGUUCCAGUACCAGAACCUUCAGUCGGGACGAGCAGCUUCCCCGUGGAGGAGUUUGAGUUCAGCAGCAACCAGAGAGUGAUGUUCGACCACGAGGGUGUUGGAAGUGACGUGCCCCUCUCCUUUGAGGCUGACGGCAGUAACAAACAGACGCUGCUGACCUCGGGGAAGCUGUCCUGCUGUGUUUCUUGGGGGAUCGGGGAGGACGGUGUACCACUCGCCCCUCCUGUGUCUCAACAUCCUGCUGGCAAACACAGUGGUUUGGGUCGUCUUGAUGCGGUCACAUAUAUCGGGGCGUCCGGACUCUAUGACAGGAAGAGAAUUGGAGAGUGGGCCACACAGUCCCGGCUGGACCCCAACGACCCAAAGAAUGCCUCCAUCAUGCAGCUGCUCAAAGUGGCCAGCAGCGGAGAGGUGACGGCUCCGGAGUACUUCCGCCUGGAGCAGCUGCAGGAGGAGUUCAACUUUGUGUCGGAUGAAGAGAUGGAGACAUCCAAAAGAUUUCGCCUGCUCACGCUCAGGAACCAAGAAGUUGCAGAGUUUCGAAAUUACAAGUUUGUUCCGUCUCUGGAGAGAGAGGUCACGGAUAAGAUGUUCCAGGAAUAUGAGAAGAAACUGAAAGAAGGAGAGACGGUCGACACUAAAGAGCAUCUGGACUCGCACAGAGCGCUAGUCGCCAAGUACCUUCAGAAGAUCCGAGAAUCAGUCCUCAACAGAUUCCUUCUUGCCAAGCAUCACUACCUUUUGUCUGACCUGGUGACAGAAGAGGAGAUACCAAGCAUCGGGAUUCUGGGAAUGAACCUUUUCAAGCUGGCUGAACCCAAGCGGCCGCUGAAACCUCAGAGGAAGGAGAGGAAGAAGGUGACGGCUCAGAAUCUGUCUGACGGAGACAUUAAACUUCUGGUCAACAUCAUCCGCGCCUACGACGUCCCCGUCCGCAGGCCCCAGAGCAGUAAACCUGGACAGUCGUCUCAGGCAGCCAUCCAGGGCAGCGAUUGGCUCCUCAGCCAGGUACAGGUGAGGCCCUUUGUGGAGGUUUCCUUCCAGCGCACGGUUCUUCAAACAACCACAGCUGACGGACCGAACCCCUGCUGGAACGAAGAGCUGCAGCUGCCGUUCAGCGCCCCAAAUGGCGACUACAGCGCUGCUGUGUUGCAGUCCGUGAAAGACGAAGUGUUCAUCAACAUGUUCGAUGAGGUGGUUUAUGAGACUGGAGUGAACGACAAAGACAGAGGGAAGUCGAUUCACAGCCGCGUGGAGAAGCACUGGCUCGGCUCCGUCAAGAUUCCCUUCAGCACCAUUUAUUCUCAGUGCCGGAUUGACGGGACCUUCAAGGUGAACACGCCGGCUGUGCUGCUGGGCUACAGUAAAGAGCGCAGCCACGGCCCUAACGGGGGGUACGACACUUUGCAAAGCCUGAGCGAGGGAGCCUUCAUCACCCUCUUCAUCACCAUCGAGCCUCAGCUGGUGCCCGGAGAGCCCGUGAGGGAGAAGAUAUCUACCUUUGCACACGGGAACAGAGCGGUGAAGAUUAAGGAAGGAAAGUUUGACAGCCAAGAGGACGAGCGCUUAAUGCAGGCGGCAGAGAGGUUUGAGAGGGACGCAGCACAAAGCUACCCAGACCGGCCCUGUGUCACCUCCAUCAUAGACCUCAAUGGGAAGACGGUCUUCAUCACUCGCUACAUCCGACCACUCAACCCCCCCCAGGAGUUACUGGACGCUUUCCCCAAUAACCCCCAGGAGGCCACGGCGCUGGUGGCCCGGUUCGUGUCGCUCAUCCCUUCUCUGCCGGACAGAGUGUCGUUCUCUGGCGCCUGCGACUUGUGGAGCACUUGUGAUCAAUUCCUCACGCUGCUCGCAGGAGACGAAGAAGAACAUGCUGUACUGUUGUGCAACUACUUCCUGUCUAUGGGCAAGAAAGCCUGGCUUAUAAUUGGCACGGCUAUACCUGAGGGACCGUCAGCGUAUGUGUUGACCUUCGAGCAGAGCCGCUACCUGAUCUGGAAUCCCAGCAGCGGUCAGUUCUACGGACAGUACGACACUUUCUGCCCGCUGCAGACGGUGGGCUGCAUGGUCAACGCUGACAACGUGUGGUUAAACAUUCAGGAAUAUACGUCACCCAUGACGAUGAGCUUUGACACGACUAAAGCCAAACUGUGGAAGCCGUUCUUCUCCAGAUCCUUCUCUCACCCGGGGCUGUCGAGCGUGCAGCCAGAGGAGCUGGUGUAUCGGCGCACGGACAGAGCGGCGGCCGCGGAGCUUCAGGACCGAAUCGAGAAGAUCCUGAAGGAGAAGAUGACGGAGUGGCGCCCGCGUCACCCGACCCGCUGGAACCGCUUCUGCACCACCACGCUGAAGCAGUUCCUGCCCAAACUGGAGCUGAGCGGCGGGCGGGACGUGGCGGAGGGUCACCGCCACGAGCUGCAAAGCCUGCUGGGAGACAACAGGAUCUCAGGGUUCCCUCUGCACCUGCCCUUCUCAGAGGUCCGGCCCAUCGUGGAGGCCGUGUUCAGCACCGGAGUCCACAACGUUCAGGCUUCUAACGUGGAGUUCGCCCUGGCCGUGUACGUGCACCCGUACCCCAACAACGUGCUGUCUGUGUGGGUGUACCUGGCCUCGCUCGUACGUACCCGAUAACUUUAUGAAAUGACUCAGUUUGCACUUUAUUGUAUAUCUAAUGUAUAUUUCAGGGAUUUAUCAGGUAAAUAUAAGAUCCAUCAGUUUCCAACCUGAGGGUCCCGACCCGCACCAGGGGUCGCCAAAGCUUUUUUAAACAACUUUAUAUUUUUAAAUAGUCGACUGAAUUAUUUCAUUUAUGUGAAGAAAACUAAAUGAAAUGUUUUAUUUUUAGAUUUUGGAUGAUUGUGUUACAAUCAUUGUAAAUAUUAUCCGGUUGUAUUUUACUCUUUACUUUAUAAACACAACAAAACUAAUGGUUAUAAAAGUUAUAAAACUUGUUACAUGCGCUGUUCACUAAACUACCCAGAAUGCUUCAUGUCUGCCGGCCACGCUAUUAAAAACCAACCAAAUAAAUCUCGUUUCAUGUUUCUGUUACCUGUAAUGUUGUUAUGAAUGUUUAACAAGUUAGUCACGAGGUUAAACAUUAGAUCACAGCCUCGUCCAGAAGAGAAGCUUAUUAAAUAUCAAUGAUUAAAACAUAAGAUUUGUUUUACAAGUUCCUAAAAGUAAAACUGAUCUGAUGCAACAAUCUGCUCGAAACACAAAGAUCCCUCGUUUCAAACUUCCUGUGUCGCUUCACUUUAUUGAUAUUAAAAUGUCGCUUCACUUUAUUGAUAUUAAAAUGUGUCGCUUCACUUUAUUGAUAUUAAAAUGUCGCUUCACUUUAUCGAUAUUAAAAUGUGU